AUUGACGUAGUUGGAAUGUCAGGCAAGGCAUAAAGUACGUUUUUCCACAGCAAAAGCCAAACUCCCUGAUAAUUCAGUGAUAAAUCCUCCACCGAAGAAGACUCCGCGGACUCUGUGGUGCUCGUUGUGAGUCGCGAAAUGUGCAUUUGAGCGGCGACAUUCGGGAGUUCUUCUAGGCGAGAUAAAGUAACAUCUGCCCCCAAAUUCAGCACAUCUUCUCAGUCCCACCAGAGACAGCGCAGAGGAGCGCCAGCAUGCAUUCCCAGGACGAGGACGACAGCCGCAUGCCGAUCCUCCAGGAGCCAGAGCGCCCGGAGGACGGCGAGGACAACGAACUGGACGAGGAGCUGACGGGAUGCGGAGGCUCCGCCUGCUGCAAUCCCAGCCACACGUGUCACAGAUUCAUUGCCCUCAUCUUUAUGUGUCUGCUGGGCUUCGGCUCCUACUUCUGCUACGAUAACCCCGGCGCGCUGCAGGACAACUUCAAGAACGACAUGGGCAUGAGCACGAGCCAGUUCGUGAUGCUGUACUCCAUCUACUCCUGGCCGAACGUCGUGCUGUGCUUCAUCGGCGGCUUCCUGCUGGACCGCGUGUUCGGCAUCCGCUUCGGCACGAUCAUCUACAUGUUCAUCCUGCUGAUCGGGCAGCUGCUGUUCGCCAUGGGCGGCAUCCUCAACAUGUUCUGGCUGAUGGUUGUGGGGCGCUUCGUGUUCGGCAUCGGCGCCGAGUCGCUGGCCGUGGCGCAGAACAACUACGCCGUGCUGUGGUUCAAGGGCAAGGAGCUGAACAUGGUGUUCGGGCUGCAGCUCUCCUUCGCCCGCCUGGGCAGCACCGUGAACUUCCUGGUCAUGGAGCCCGUGUACAAGUACGUGGGCCAGUUCUACAAGGGCCACAUGUGCGUGGGUGUGGUGCUGCUGCUCGCCUCGCUCACCUGCGUCAUGUCCAUGAUCUGCGCCCUGGUGCUGGGCUGGAUGGACAAGCGCGCGCAGCGCAUCCUCAAGCGCAACGACAAUCCCACCGGCGAAAUCGCGCAGCUCUCCGACGUCCGGACGUUCAGGGUGACCUUCUGGAUGGUGUCCGUGAUCUGCGUGGCCUACUACGUGGCCAUCUUCCCCUUCAUCGCGCUGGGCAAGGUGUUCUUCAUCCGCAAGUUCGACUACAGCCCGGAGGACGCCAACACGGUCAACUCCAUCGUGUACAUCAUCUCCGCCGUGGCCAGCCCGCUCAUGGGCCUGGUGGUGGACAAGACCGGCAAGAACGUCCUCUGGGUCUUCAUCUCCAUCGUCACCACGAUCCUGGCGCACGGCAUCCUGGGCUUCACCUUCGCCAAUCCCUACGUCGGCAUGGUCAUCAUGGGCCUGUCCUACUCGAUGCUUGCCAGCAGUCUCUGGCCCCUCGUGGCCCUCAUCGUUCCCGAGUACCAGCUGGGAACGGCUUACGGCAUUUGCCAAUCUGUGCAGAAUCUCGGUCUCGCCGUGGUUUCCAUGAUGGCGGGCGUUGUUGUGGAUCAUGGCGGCUUUCUCAUGCUGGAGAUCUUCUUUAUGGGCUGGCUGUCUGUCGCCCUAAUCGCCACCAUUGUUAUCUGGCUGUACGACAUCAACAACAAGGGAAUCUUGAAUUUGACGCCAGCGCAGCGCGAGAAUCAUCCUGACAAUCUCACAAAUCCCAAGAUUUCCCACGCAGAUGUUGAACAUAUCGAAGAAUCUGAAACUGGCCAUUCCUCGUCGUCCGUGAGACACCGGUUUUCCGGUCAUCCGGAUCAGGAGCCGCUACUUCCCGACUAGCCAAAAUGCCCCCCAAAACUUCCUUUUAAAAAACAUGAAAACAAGUUACUUGUGCAAAAAAUUGUCGUCUUAAUAUUGUGACGUGUCGUGAAAGCACACAUAAUUUUAUUGGAAUGAUAUUGAAGAAAAAAGCCAACAAGGAUUCUUAAAUGUAAAUCAAAGAUAUAAUUAACUAUACGUACAUAUAUAAUAUAUUGAGCCAAAUUAUAUGACACUGUGGAACUUAAAGAGAAAAAAAAACUAUUUCCUACAAUUCUUCUAUAUUAAAAGUGAGAGAUUU